AUGGGUUCUUGGGCUAUACUUUUGUUGUUAGUUGCAACUGUGCUGAGCUCAAUAUGUUUGGUUAAUGGGCUUAAUGUGGAUCAUGAAAAAACUAGGGGGAGAUUUUCUCAAGUUAAUGUCACUACUUCCAGUGCAAGGAACACAACUUUUGUGAGUGAUGUUAUGGUGAAUACUGAAAAUGCUGGAAAAAAUAGGGGCCAGGGAGGUGGAGGUGGUGGAGGAGGCGGGGGAGGAGGUGGUGGUUAUGGUGGAGGAGGGGGAGGCGGUGGUGGUGAUGGUGGAGGAGGAGGAGGAGGAGGAGGGGGCAAUUGUUGGGGAUGGGGAUGUUGGGAUUAUCCUCCAAAAGGCAACUAA